CACUGUUUCUCUCAAAAAAAAGAAAAAAACCCAACCCUCGAUCCAGAUCCCCUCCACCGCUGGCCUCCCUUCCAUCUCCUCUCUUUUCCCCCUCCUCCCUUGCCCCGCCGAUCCCAAUGGCCGCCACGCACAACCGCCCCUCCACGCCCUCACGCACCCUCGCCCAGUCGCCGACCUGCUCCUCUGGAGGCGGAGGAACGCCUCCACGGUGGACGUCGCGGGCGCCACGCACCCUCGCCCAGUCGCCGACCUGCUCCUCUGGAGGUGGAGGAACGCCUCCACGGAGCCCGUCGUGGGCGCCACGCACCCUCGCCCAGUCGCCGAUUUGCUCCUCUGGAGGCGGAGGAACGCCUCCGCGGCGGCCGUCGCGGGUGCCACGCUCAUCUGGUUCCUCUUCGAGUGCGCCGGGUACAGCCUCGCAUCGGUCCUCUCCAACACCGGCCUCCUCCUCGUCGACAUCCUCUUCUUCUAGGCCAAGUCCGCCUCGCUGCUCAACAGGUUUUUUGUUUUCGUCACUCCUUUGUUAUAUGGAAGAAGACUUCAUGGUUUUGAGAUCUUUGCUUUCCCAUGCAACCAGUUUGGUGGGCAGGAACUUGGCAUUGAUAAGGAAAUUGUUCAGAUUGCUCUCACUCGUUUCCAUGCCGAGUAUCUAAUUUCUAACAAGGGUUCUGGUGGCGACGAUGACGGUCGUCGAGAGGUUCGUGGACUGGACGGUGUAGGCCGGACAGGCGCCGCACAUUGACGAGUGGUCCAAUUUUCGGAUCGGGCCAUAACAACUUACGUAGGUAGUUGCUUAUGUAACUGUGCGAUAGAAUGGAAUUAUACAUGAGUUGCUGCUACAAUGAGGAACGUAGUUGCUUAUGUAACUGUGCGAUGGAAUGGAAUUAUAUAUGAGUUGCUGCUACAA